GAAAGCUUAUGUUUUGAUCAUAAUUCACUUAUUGAUUACAAGAACAAACACUGCAAAACACUUAAUAUGGGUCCCCUCCCAACUUUCUCUUCUCAACUGGAUUAUCUACAUUCUGAAAAAGCUUCCCACUUUAAGCCCAGAAAUCUCUCUUUAGUUUCUUGCCUUUCUUGCUAUAUAUAAGGGGAACAUCUCCUCUCUCACUCGCACCACCAAGAACAAAAAACAAAACAAAACGCUAAUUAAGUCGUAUAGUAUCAUGGCUCUCCAUGGCUUGCCAUUGUUCUUUGUUCUUAAUCUUUUCUUGAUGCUUGUGCCCCAUCACGCUUAUGGCUUUUGGGAUCCCUCUCCAGAUGUUGGUUUAUGUGAGUCUUCUGUGAGAAUGUAUGGUUACAAAUGCCAUGAGUUUAAUGUAAAAACACAAGAUGGCUAUAUACUUGGCUUGCAAAGAAUACCUGAAGGGCGUAAUGCGAGUGGAGAUUCUGGUGUCAAGCCGCCGGUUCUCUUACAGCAUGGUGUUCUUGUGGAUGGAAUGUCAUGGUUUAUGAAUGCCCCAGAACAAAAUUUACCAAUGAUUUUGGCUGAUAAAGGAUUUGAUGUUUGGAUUGCUAACACCAGAGGGACCAGAUACAGCAGGCGACACGCCUAUCUCCAACCCAGUCAAUCGGAAUUCUGGAACUGGUCAUGGGAUGAAUUGGUAGCCUACGAUCUACCAGCUGUUUUUGAGCAUGUACAGAACCAGACAGGGCAGAAGCUACAUUACGUGGGCCAUUCCUUGGGAACUUUGACAGCUUUGGCAUCUUUCUCAGAAGGGUUGCUGGUGAACAAGGUGAAGUCAGCUGCCUUGUUAAGCCCAGUUGCUUACUUGAGCCACAUGAAAACUGCACUUGGCGUUGUUGCUGCUAAAACCUUUGUUGGCGAGGUCUCUACAUUCUUCGGCCUCGCUGAGUUUAACCCUAGAGGGGAGGAAGCAACAAGAUUUCUUAAAUAUGUGUGUGCUCAACCAGGAGUCAACUGCUAUGAUUUGUUAACUGCAAUCACUGGCAAGAACUGCUGCCUCAAUACUUCCACUGUCAAUCUCUUCUUGAAGAAUGAACCUCAAUCCACAUCAACCAGGAACAUGGUUCACUUGGCUCAAAUUGCUCGCGAUCGUGUUCUAGCAAAAUACAACUAUGGGAAUCCUAGCUUCAAUGUGAUGCACUAUGGAAGCAUCAAGCCUCCAGUUUAUAAGCUAUCAAAUAUUCCGCCAAAGCUUCCUCUUUUUAUCAGCUAUGGAGGACAAGAUGCUUUGUCUGAUGUCCAAGAUGUUCAGCAGUUGCUUGAUGAACUCAAGCUUCAUGAUGUCCUCAAGCUCACAGUUCAGUUCGUUAAGGAUUAUGCUCAUGCUGAUUUCAUUAUGGGAGUCAAUGCCAAGGAUAUUGUUUACAACCAAGUUCAUAAAUUUUUCACCAAUCAUCGUUUCUGAAAAUUUGGAGGUUAAGCUGAUGUUUACUUGAUAAUAAAUUAUUAUGUAUCAUGAUUUUAUCCCAAUGCUAAUA